AUGACUGUACUAUCCACCUUUCGGUGCACUUCAGCCUGCAAUGGUCAACAACCGACUGGAUCAGAACCAAUGGAGGAUUCUAAAUCCGAAUCCACAGAUCGAUUUUAUGGUCACCCAGCAUCAUCAACUAUCUACCCCCAGACGUCGCAGUUCAGCUGCUACCCGAACCCAGAUGGCACGGGAUUCCUUGAGGGGAUGUUCACCAACACUACCACCACUACAAGUGUUGUGGCACCAUCGGAGGGUGGUAUGCUACCAACAACGGUGGGAUACGAUACCGUCGGUCAGUACGGUUUCGAUCCAACCACUGGCCACUUCCUUGCUCCCGUCUCCUUCUUCCCUGGAUCCAAUCAAUCGGAGGGAAUCACAUCACACCCGCUGAAUUCUCUUGAUCCUCAGGCUGUUGCAACAUCUCAUAGCAGCAAGAUCCAUCAUCAGCAUCACUCCCAUCAUAACCAUAAUCAGCAACACCAACAUCAUCAUCAACAGCAUCGGUCUCAACAGCUUGAGCAGCACAGAAGUUUGGAGGAGACGGCUUCCACCGUAAAUGCGGUCCUCCGUAGAUCGGUGAUGCGCGCGCCGCUAACCAGAAAGACGCCUGAUCGUAAUGAGGAGUGGUGUAAGCUCAAGUAA